AUGGCUGUUACCGCUGACCCAAUCAGUCCGCAGUUGUCGCCGCCCCAGCUGGCAGCCAGCGCAUCACCUUCCUCAACUGACGCCGUGGCGACCAUGCUCCCCGACCCCGUGAUGCGCGCGACCGAGCGACCGCAGCUGCAGACACGCGCGAGCGCCAUCACGGAAAUGCGCUCUCGAACGGCCAGCAGCCCCGUGAGAACUUGGACGGAGCAGCAGCAGCUCCUCCACGGCGGCGGCAGCAGCCUGACGACGAACGGAAUAGACGACCGUGGCCGCAGCGACACGCCUCGCCCGGACCAAGAGCCGCCACGAUACCGAUACCACCAACAGCAGCCCACGCCGCCGCCUCACGACGAUGGCGAUGCCGGCGGCGAGGCCCAUCUUCAGCAGCCGCAAACCAAGUCUCGACGCGGGAGCUCCAACACCAAGGCCGGCUCUGCGGAUAACGUCGCGCGACUACCGCCCUCGGAGAUCCAGGAGCUCAUGUCGUCGCCGCUGUGGCUACCGAUCGGCCCAGCGCCGCCCAGCACCCGCCCGUCCUUUGACCACGGCAAGUUUUCACAGCAAAAGGAGGCCAUCCGCCAAUCGUUGCUCGCGCAGCCAGAGCUGGGGGCGUCGCGAGACGGCAGCAACGGAAAUCAUCUUCAUCCCCACAGCCAUCACCACAACCACCCGCCGACCGGCGGACUGGGAAUCUACGAGGGACGCGGCGCCCAGGCCCGCAACGCGCGCACCGAAGCUCCCCGGUCCAGGCCCCCACGCACCGUCUCGACGCCCCCGACAGGACGCUCCAAGAUUUUCGAGCUCCCCCCAUACUCGGCGGUCAUGCCUCGAUCCGCGGUGCCGCCACAGCGCCCAACCCUGCCGCCGCUCAACUUUCACGCGGAGGGCGAUAGCGCUGGCGCCGAGAAGCGCGCAAAUGACAUGCUGCCCUCGCCGGCGAUCCAGCCAGGGCUGCCUGCGGUGGUGCCGCCAGCGGCGGCGGCGGAAAUCAAGGGGUCUGGAGGCAGUCGCGCACCGUCGCCGAUGCCGCCCAUGAUUCCGCUGCCUCCCAUGUCGCUGCCGACGCACCUACAGCUCGAGCUUGCUGGGCAGCGACCGAGUCCCCUCUACAUCCACCACUCUCACACCAGCGACAUCCCAUACGAGUCGAGCGCCGUCAAGUUUGAGCGGCUACGCAACGUUAUCCUCCUCCCGGCGUACCUCGAAAGAACAUUAUACUUUGGGGCGCUCGCCUGCCUCGAUGCCUGGCUGCACACGUUCACGAUACUGCCGAUCCGGUUCUUCAUGGCAAUCGGCGUGCUAGUGCGCUGGUGGGCGUACGUCGUCGGCAAGGAGACGAGCUGGCUAUUCGGCUAUGUCCGGCACGGCAUCGGCCGGCUCUGGCGGCGAGGACGCGCGACUAGAGGCCGCGCGGGUAGUGAAUCCACGGCCGGAGACCGGUCGCGAAGUAUCAGUCGAGCGAGUGAACCCGCCAGUGUUGUGUGCGUAGACGGCCACGGUGAAGCGGCGGUUGGCGGUGGAGUCACGCAGCGGCACAUCUCGGGGCAGCACCGCGAGCACGGCCCCGGCCCCAAGUCAGGCACCUUUCGCCAUCGUCGGACAAGGUCGAUGCCGUCCAACCUAUCAACCUACAACAAGGCCGACCUGCUGCAAGGCGCAGUGAUCCUGUGCAGCUCAUUUGCGCUGAUGAGACUCGACGCCAGCCGCAUGUACCACUUCAUCCGCGCGCAGUCGGCCAUCAAGCUCUACGUCAUCUUCAACAUCCUCGAGGUGGGCGACCGGCUGCUGUCGGCCAUUGGGCAGGACAUCCUCGAGUGCCUCUUCAGCGCCGAGACGCUGUCGCGGACCGCGUCCGGACGCUCCAAGGUGCUGCUGCCGGCGGGCAUGUUCGUACUCGCGCUGGCGUACAACUGCCUGCACUCGAUAGCGCUCUACUACCAGGUCAUCACACUCAACGUGGCCGUCAACUCGUACUCGAACGCGCUGCUGACGCUGCUGCUGUCGAAUCAGUUCGUCGAGAUCAAGAGCACCGUCUUCAAGCGCUUCGAGAAGGACAACCUGUUCCAGCUGACGUGCGCCGACGUUGUGGAACGCUUCCAUCUUUGGAUAAUGCUGCUUAUCAUCGCGAUGCGCAACAUGGUCGAGGUCGGCGGCUUCUCGGUGCCGGGGGCAGGCUUUGGCGAGUUGGACGUGGAUGGAGGGAGCAGCGGGCCGCUGCACCACCCGUCCAUCUUGCCGCAUAGCUUCACAGCGCUGCCAUCCUGGCUAUGGUCCGGCGAGGUCCUCUCGCCGUUUCUGAUCGUCGUCGGUAGCGAGAUGCUGGUGGACACUAUCAAGCAUGCCUACGUCACCAAGUUCAACAACAUCAAACCGCACUUUUACUCGCGAACCCUAGAUAUCCUGUGCAAGGACUACUAUACACAUGCCUUUACCAGCCCCUCUCUCACCCGCCGCCUCGGCCUCGCGGUAAUCCCGUUGUCGUGCCUCUUCAUCCGCGCCUCGGUCCAGACGUAUCACAUGUUCCUCGCCACGUACCUGCCUAUGCCGCUUCCGCAGUCCACACAGACGUCGCUGGCCGAGGAGUCGGCGCGGCCGUCCUCCCCAGCCAUGAUGGCGGCGCUGAACCGGUUCGACACACUGAUCCGGGACUCCCUCGGGCGGGCGACGUACGGGCAGCCGUUUGGGGCGGCGCACGCGCGACCCUGGUACGCCUGGACGUCGGACGACCUCGUCGCCGCGCUGACCAUGGUGGUCGUCUUCUUCAUCGCCUUCCUCGUGCUGCUCAUCGUCAAGCUCCUCCUCGGGAUGGCGCUGCUCAAGUACGCGCGCGGCCGGUACGCCGCCAUGAAGCGUAAGGAGCAGCUCGUCGCCCGCGGGCUGGCGGAGCGAGAGUCGUAUGAUACCAAGGGCCGUCGCGUGGGUGGGCGCGGCGACGUCGAAGUGUCGGAUGACGGACGGCGCUGGAUAAACGCAGACAAGACGGAGGGCCUGCCAGGCGGCAAGGGUCGGAGGGCGGGUGAGGAUAAGAAGGCGGCGGCGGACGUGGACUAUAAUGGCGUCUUUCGCUAUGAUAUGGUGAAUAAGCGCAUUUGGUAA